UGGUAUCGUCUUCGAGUGUGGCCUGCUCAACAAUCCCGGAUCGGAUUCGACAUGCUGGUCAUGGCACGUGUUGAUAUUGCCGUUGAGCCGAGCAAUAUCACCGACUUUGUUGGAUUGUAUCUCAACGAUGACAAGGCUGUUGGGGAAAGCUUCAAGGGAUGUUGCAAGUUAAUUCCAUCACCCCGUGGCGCCCAAGCAUGUACGCCGGGUCCCUUCCGCCGAAGCGGUUACGCACAUGGCGUGAGGCUCGAGCCAGGUGUAACGCAGAGGAUUUCGCCAAAGAUCCUGUUGAAAUGACAGAGUUCAUCAGUUGUAGUCGUGCAGAAGACUCAGGGGACUCAGUAAUGGCUGAGUCGCACAUCCCAGCUAUUGUCCUUGACAUCGCGAGGAAACGCAGGCCCUUUGUAGGUAUUUCUGGUGUCACGGACACUGAGAUCAAGAGACCUAUCAGCGCUGUGACAUGUCUAGAGUACAUCAACUUUAAUAUUCGGGCGGAUAAGCAGAACCAGUUUCAUUUACGGGCUGAGAUGACAGAGCAAGACAAGGAAGUUAUUCGCGCUGCAGGUCGCAACGAGGACACACUUCCCGCCGCUCGUGUUCUCAGAGCGAAGAUGCAGACAGAACGCCUAUAUGCCAAUGUCGUGCAAUUGACACCCUAA